AUGAAUUUGUUGUUGUUUGGAUAUGCUGCUGGACAAAUGGUUGCAUAUGAGUCUGAAAGGAUCUUGGAAAGGCUCAAUGGUCUGGAUGUAACAAAAACUGUUUCUGAUGGAAGACUUGACCUACAUCUUUACUUCAGAGAGAUUGAAGAUGAUAUGCUUGAUCCGCCAUUUCCACUACUUAUGCAAAGACUCAAGAGUAUCUCUGCCUUUGCUAUAGAAAAAGGUGGCAAAGCAUACCGGAUCGUCCCUUUUGAAUCGAUUGAAAUAGGCUUUGAAAAUGGGAAGAAGAGCUAUGGAAAGUUCAAUGAUAUAGUAAGCAUGGGAAAUGAGGCGGUCGUAACAUACACCUGUAAUGGAAAUGAUGCCGAAGAAGGAAUAUACUCAACGAUAACAAUCAUUUUUACACCUUCUGAUGAAGAAGAAGAUAAAAUAGAAAAGAUCUAUAGUGGAUGGUCUGAUUCCUGUCUUUUAAGGGUCUCAACGCCAAAACUAAAAGUCUGGUAUAAGAGAAGGAUUUUGUCUAUGUAUCUUGAAGACUUUGGAAAUAAAGAGUUAGAUGGCAAAGACAUAGGUCAUUGGGUAGAUGGGAUCAAUUCUGAUGGAGAGAGAGUUGAUGGAGACAGGAUCCUCAAAGAGGAAAUGAUGGUGUUUGAGGAAGCAGGAAGCAAAGAAAGAGAAGAGUUGAGCAGGAAGUCGCUCUAA